AUGUUGGCGAAUGAAAUUCAUGUUGAUCCAUUUUCGCUGAGCGAUCCGACAAUCAAAUCUCCGCUGAGCCGAGAACGAAUUCGUGUCCGGUUUGUGAACAGUGCCCCAGAAGCAGUCGAUUUGUGUUGGGUGGAUUGUCGAGGUAAAAUUGUUCGUUACGACAAGCUUUUUCGCGGGCAAUCAGCUGUUAUAUACACUUAUGUUGGUAAUUUUUUGCGGUUUUCUUUUUUAAAAAUUUUUUGA